UAUAACAUUGGAUCUAUCGUUGAAUUGCAGACUCUGCCUCCUAUAGAAAGUGUAGAUGGAAUCAAGCAGAAAGAUGCAAAGAAGCAAUAAUCUUUUAUUUCCAUUCAUUUAAGUUUCAUAAAAAUCAAGAAAUGGAGUAGCUAUUAAGAUGGCCCCCCACCCCCCACUCAUUGUGCAGGAUGGAUCUUUAGCAGUUGAAGCUAUGAAUGGUGUUGCACAAGUGACAUGAUUUGAGUUUGGAUACACUGAUUAUUAUGUUUUCUUGGACAGACCAGUUCUUAGUUGUUCUUUUCUUUGUAUUUGACAGUGUUUUUUUUUCCAAGUAACACAGAUUCCAAAUUUAGUGUAUUGUGUUUUAUAAUAGGUUGUGCUUUGUGCAUGUAGGCCUUCUGUUUUGUCCAUACUCCAAGAGACUCUGGCUCCUUUGAAAUGAAGUUCUCUCACCCAAAAGAUAAAAAAGAGCUCGAUGUACUACGUUUUCACUAUGCGUGAGUUUUAAGAUAGGGUCAGAGUCUAUUGUAUGCAGUUUUUAACAAGAAGAUAAUUACUCAUGAUUAUGCUUCUAAUGGCCUUUUAUGUUGCCGCGAGUCUCUUAUAUUUAUAAAAUCAAAUGAGUCCAAAUGGUUCAUCCAUCAAAAGAACCCGAGCCAUAUGAUGAACUUAUUAUUGAACAUAGCUCUUAAAUCACACUCAAACGUUGAAUUGUUCUCUCUUUGUUUUAAUUUUACAAUACCAUAUCCAGUAUAAUUAUAUAAGUGGGUUUGAAGAGGAUUGAAUGUACGUAGAUAUUACUUCUAUUUUUGUGGGGUAGGGAUUUUAUUUUUGGAAAACUUUUUGAUUCAAAAGAGAACAAAGAAACAAGAAGAUGAGAAAAGGAAAGAAGAGAAAAAGGAAUUCUGAAAUAUAUUAUCAUUUGCCAAUAUAUUGUUGCUCUCAUAUUCACACAAACUGGACUUGGACAGAUGAGGAUAUGCUUAAACAAGGUUGUUGUGAGCCCUCCAUUUGUAUUUCUUCCUCUGGUCAAGAAUGAGCUGCGACCUGAUUUUCAUGUUGCUGCCCAAAACUGUUGGGUUAAGAAAGGGGGUGCUUUCACCGGUGAAGUUAGUGCUGAGAUGCUUGUUAAUCUGAGCAUUCCUUGGGUCAUUUUGGGUCACUCUGAAAGGAGAGCCCUUUUAGGUGAAUCAAACGAGUUUGUUGGAGACAAGGUAGCAUAUGCUAUUUCUCAAGGUUUGAAGGUAAUUGCAUGUGUUGGGGAGACUCUUGAACAAAGAGAAUCAGGAUCUACCAUGGAUGUUGUUGCAGCACAAACGAAGGCUAUUGCAGUUCAUCUCAUUGCAGAACGAGUAAAAGAUUGGUCGACGGUGGUGUUAGCUUAUGAGCCUGUUUGGGCUAUUGAUACUGGAAAGGUUGCCACCCCUGCACAAGCCCAGGAAGUACAUGCUGAAUUGAGGAAAUGGCUUCAAGAAAAUGUUAGCACUGAAGUGGCUUCUUCAACUAGGAUCAUAUAUGGAGGAUCUGUAAGCGGUGCAAACUGUAAGGAGUUGGCUGGACAUCCAGAUGUUGACGGUCUUCUUGUUGGUGGUGCUUCUUUGAAGGCGGGAUUUGCUGGAGAAUCAUACUUUCUACAAUGAGCUUCGUGUUGCCCCUGAGGAGCAUCCUGUCCUCCUAACUGAAGCCCCUCUUAACCCAAAGGCUAACCGUGAAAAGAUGGUCUAGAUUAUGUUUGAGACUUUU